AUGGAUUGCAAACUGUUAUUGAUAUACAUUUUGUUUCUUCAACUUGAAUAUAUUCAUUGUGCUAAUAUUACACAAGUCGAAACUUUAUACACUAACUUAUUCCAGAAAUACAACAGAAAACUAUUUCCGUUGAUAGACCAUAAUGAUACUGUUAAGAUAAAUUGUACAGUAGGAAUUGUUAGUAUCAAUAAUUUCGAUGAACUUUCUGGAGAAAUUGAGCUUACUAUGUUGUUUUCCAUGCAAUGGGUGGAUGAAAGGCUGACGUGGACACCGUCCGAUUUCGGUGGUAAAUCAACACUGCUAGUUCCUCCGGAAGAUGUUUGGUGUCCACAAUUCUACUUACAACAGUCGUUUGACAAAAUUCAGGAUAUAGGUAAUGUGCCAACCAUGGUUCGAUUAUCCUCAAAUGGCUUAGUAAUAUGGAACACGGGGAACGUAUUAAAAAUUGUAUGUUCAGUGGACGUAACAUAUUUUCCUUUCGAUACCCAGACUUGCGAAAUAACUGUUUCUGGGUGGACGUACACAGCAGACGAAGUAAUGUUCUACACCACAUCUAGUACGGUAUUUCAGGAUUAUCUCAGUUCAAACAGUCAAUGGUUGCUUGAGUCUGCAAAAGUAAUAGAUUAUACUGAUAUUAGACCAAAAUUCCCUCCAUCGAUAAACAUUGCACUAAAUUUGAAAAGAAGAAGUGAUUUCUUUGUGGUCUACAUUAUCUUUCCAAUGGUUUUUCUUGGCUCCAUAAAUAACCUCGUGUUCGUUAUGCCUGCUAAUUCUGGAGAGAGAACAUCAGUAGCUAUUACUACAUUUCUGUCUUUUAUCGUCUUUAUGCAAAUGAUAAAUGACACUGUUCCUGAAAGCUCUGUCCCUAUGGCUUACAUUUAUUAUUAUAUAUUGUUCCUGCUGGUAUACAGUUCUGUCAUCCUAUUUUUGUGUAUAAUUUCAUUACUCAUUCAUGACAGGGAGGAUCCAGUUCCGUCAGUUGUGAAAAAGCUAGUAUUCCUGCUUCGCUUUUUGUGUUUUAAACGGAAAAGGAAAUCAGUCGUUAUACAUGAGAGGACAUGUUCUAACGUUUCGAUACAAGUUGAAGUCAAAAAUAACAACUUCAAUGAAAACAUUGAAAAUUAUAAGGAAGACGACAGUCCUACAGUCACGUGGAAAAUAGUGGGAAAAACUUUCGACAAGUACUGCUUUACUGCAUUGUUUAUAACAUUUUUGUUGAUGACAACUCAAACGUUCACAAAAUUAUACACUAAUCAGGGCUUCUAA